AAUCUCUCCCCCCCCCCCACUCUCUCUCUCUCUUCAUCGCAUCCUCGAACAACGCGCACUCCCUCUCUCUCUAUCUGUUGGAUUUAGCAUCCAUGCAAGAAACAAUCAGUUACCGGACCUCCAUCUCAUCCGCCGUGCAACUGAACGGAUCUGGAAUCGAAAAACCGGUAUUGGAGAAUGCGAUUAUAGUGUUUGCGAGGCAGGGAUGCUGCAUGUGCCACGUAAUCAAGCGGUUGUUGCUGAGUCACGGAGUCAAUCCUCCGGUUUUUGAGGUAGAGGAGAAGGAAGAAGCUGACGUGGUGGAUCAAUUGUUGAAGAUGAAUAAUGGCGCGACUGGUGGGGACAAAGGAGGAGGAGUUGUGUUGGAGAAUCUUCCGGCGGUUGUAGUGGGUGGGAAGUUGUUUGGUGGACUAGAAAGAGUCAUGGGUGCUCAUAUUACUGGUGAAUUAGUGCCAAUCUUGAAGGAUGCUGGUGCUCUCUGGCUAUGAUUGACUGGUUUUUAUUAAAAACAAAUAAUCCAUAAAUUUGCUCUGUUUUCUGUGUAAAUGUUCAAUACUUUCAAUAAUGUUGAGAGGGAUUGAUGUGAAUUUUGAAUUUGCUUUACACUUGUUUUGUCUGUUCGGAUUUCAAAAGUGGAGGAUUUCAAUUGUAGCUUAGAUGAUCAUACACCAUUUUCCUUCUUCU